AUGAAUGACCCUAGCCAAGGUAUUCAGCGGGAACUUCUUCCACACAUACAUCUCCUUUCAACAUAUCGAUUUCCCCAAUUUCCUCAGAUACAUCCAGAAAAAAUAUCCGAAUGGCUUCAGGCUGCUCCCAAAAUAUCGCGCGACCAGGCACCCUUUUAUUGGACUUACCUAGACCGGCCACAAGAUAUGACUAUUCUGUUAGUUUGGCAAAGCAUGGCACUUGGACCUGAGUUUCCAAGUGACGGGUAUAUAUGGACUCCUCAAGAAAUGGCCUUCCAGAUCCAGGUCGAUGGUGGCUAUACACUUGAAAUGUACCAGCACAAAGCUGGAUAUGCGCCUGGUGAACCUAUGGCAACUCAUACCCGACGUCGAUAUCGUCUCUUGCCUCCACGAAUUCCUGGGCAACAAGCUGUCCAACCUGAUCCAUGUCUUUGGAUCGUUCAUUAUUCUACAGCAGAGCCGAGCGAGCGAAUUCCUUCUAAUCUUAUCCCCGUUGAUUUACGUAUACAGCAGACGAUGAGCACCCGACAAUAUCUCCACUCACAAGGUCAGAUUGUUCACAAAGAAUUCAUGCUUCAUGAUCGCACUAAUUGGCCGUCCAUCGCCUUUCCUCGAAACCGCCCUCAAGGUUAUUCAAUGUACGGGCAAAAUGUACCCCCAGCUCGAAUUCCUCAAACCAUGGCAUAUCCUCCACAGCAUAACAGUGUUGGCCCUCCUGCCAAACGAAUUCGUACCCAAAUCACCCCAGUCAAGGGCGUGCCACAAGGUGUGCCUAAUCCUCAAGAAGUUGAAGAAGAAGAAGACACUUCAAGGGGUGACAUUUUUGACCAUAUAACACCAAGGGAAAUUAGCAUGGUGCGAUACAAACAAAAUCAUGAAUGGAUGGAAGAAAUUGUUUCGUCACCAUACCCAAUGAAUCGAAUUGUUCCUGCAGACUUAGGAUUAGGUAUUCGUGGUGAACUUUCACCACUCACUGAUGGAAUAUUUGAUGCCCCGCUUGAUCCUGAUAAGGACGUUGCAAAACAUAAUUACGUUGGAAAACUAGACCCUGAAAAAGCAGAGGAGUUCCGAAAAAGAGUGGAUGAUCAAGUCGUUCAAUCAAACAAUGAAAUGGAGAAAAUGAAACUUAAGCACGAGAAGCGAUUAUACAAGUUGAAGAAAGGCUCAAUCUUUCGAACCGCGGAAAAGGAACUCCGAUCUGCAAUAUUUGAUUCUACAGAAAUUAGCCCAAAAGGCAUACAUCUUGAGGGCAACGCAGACGAAGCUGAAGCUGAGGAGACAGAAGCUCCAAUUGAAGCCCGUCGUCAGGUAUCUGAUAUUAUCGCACAAGUUGAGAGUUCUGUUGGUCGCAAGAUCAGCACCGUUUGUGAACUUAUUCGUAUCCAAGAUGGUGGAUUUGAGGAAGCAAUGGAAGUGCUUCCAACACCACCUGAUCCAGGUUCACCUCGCAUAUCUGCUCCAAUCGUUGAGAAAGACUAUAAUCAAAGCCAAGGUUUAUCCAACGAAGGUAGUUUAGACAUAAAUAAUAUAUCCGUGGGACUCUUAGAUUACAAUUCUGGGAUGCCGUCCAACCUUACUUCUACAGAAAAUCAGCAUUUUUCUACGUCUCAGAGUCACCUUCAGAGUUACUCAAAUACAGCGACACAAGUAUCUCAGCAAAACCAAUACAGCAAUAAUAGUAACAAUGCAUCUAUCAAUCAAGAUCGAAGUCAGGGCAUGCGCAACAUAACGUCCCAAUCAGAAAGCUGGGUAUCUGUUCCCCAUGGAGAUGUCAUCUUGAAUGAAAAUCAGAAAUCUCAACUCCCGACACAAAUUUUACCUCAAGUACCCAUUGCUAGCUCCACGCCAACAAAAUUUAAUGGCUUCCCAGAGUAUCACCCGUCUCCGAAUGAAUUUGGAGACUUGGGUGACCUAGAUCCAUCGGCUGAUGCGCUUGCCGGAUUUGGGGAGGAAGAGAGCCUUGGUGAUUUAUGUAUGGAUAUAGAUAUAGAUGUUGGUGGAGAUCUCGAUGCACUUGCUCAGGUCAGUGCAUUUGGCGACACUUUCACCACUAAUAACAAUGCUAGUGGUGAUUCUCAAGGUGGUGGUCAUGUAAUGUAA